AGUGUCAAGAUGAAAUUCUUCGUGCUUCUAGUUGCUCUGUUCGCUGCAGCCAGCGCCAACAUCGACAUCGAUUGGUCGAAGGUUCGACCGAUCGAGGAGUUCGAUCACUACUGGGAGCGUCUGCCAGCGGAGAUGCAGAUCUACCGUAAGAUGAUGCCAUCCCACCGUAUCGUCAACGGUCAGGAAGCAACGCCCGGCCAGUUCCCGUACCAGAUCGCACUUCUGAGUGAGUUCCUGAUCACGGCCGGCUUGUGCGGAGGUUCCGUCUUGACCAACAACUUCAUCCUGACCGCUGCUCACUGUGUUGUCGGAACGGCCGGUAUUCUGGCGACCGGUGGUACUGCCAUCAUCGGUGCCCACAACCGUAACGUUGUGGAACCUACCCAGCAGCGCAUCCGUUUCUCGGGCCCGGGAGUAUUCCCCCACCCGUUCUACAGCUCGGCCAACAUCCGUAACGAUAUUGCCGUGGUCCGCCUAGAUGCUCCGAUCGUCUUCAACGAUCGUGUCCAGCCAGUUCGUCUGCCAGGCCGUUCAGAUACUCGCCAGUUCGGUGGAUUUCUUGGAACCGUGUCCGGAUUCGGCCGUACGUCUGAUGCUAGCCAGGCUACUUCGGAUUUCGUAAUGUUCACCACCAACCCAAUCAUGACCAACGCUGACUGUAUUGCCAGCUGGAACGCUGUUCUCAUCGAGCCCCAGAACGUGUGCCUGAGCGGAGAGGGUGGUCGCUCGGCCUGCAACGGUGACUCCGGUGGUCCGCUUGCCGUCCAGGACGGUGGAAGUCUCCAGAUCGGUGUCGUGUCGUUCGGAUCUGCUGCCGGUUGUGCGGUCGGUAUGCCAUCGGUGUACGCCCGUGUGUCGUUCUUCCUCGACUUUAUCGAGGCCAACUCGGACUUUGUCGCAUCUGCUUAA